GGCUAAAAGAAAAAAUGAGCAACCAGUGAGUCCAUUUAAUUCCCAUCAAAUACCACUAGAUACUUGUUCGCUAGUGAUGUCGUUCCUAUUAGCAUGCUAAAUUUUACUAUGCACUGACUUCGCUAGCUCGCUAUUAUUGUGGACGUUAAAAAGCAAUCCGAACGAAACGUCUGACUGCGGCAGCUGUCGAAGUGUUAUACUAUAACUUAUGGCCACAACGGGCACCCAACCUGGUCUGCUGCCAUUACCAGGUGGAAAAUCCAGCCAACUGAUGCCACUAAUUACUUCUAUCUCUGGCUGAAGAAUUUUGCCAAUUAGCUAAUCCAGGUGAUUGGAACAAAAGAAAGGGGAAGGCUUUUACUUUCUGGACCUGGAUUUUCCUCCUCUUUCAACCAGUAUGUCUGAAACUCGCGCUGGGGAGUUUUUAUUUAUUUUACCUUGCUGCCUAUAUGGGGGUGCAGGAUAUGUACAAUUUCCCAUUCUGUAAAGCGUCUUUUUGGCUGUGACUCAGUAAAAAAAAAAAAAAAAGUGCUACGCAAAUAAUUGAAUUUAGAUCUGGUGAACCUCUUCAUGCUUGGCAUAAUCAGGUGCUCAUUACUACUAACCGGAAUGAAUGCUGUCUCAGCACUGAACAAAACCACUUGAGGCUAAUUUCGUUAUAGAGUCGUGUCAAGUAAAAUAAAGCUAUUCUUAUUCGAAUAUGCAUUUUGGUUAUACAUGCGUUUAAAAUAUAACUGAGAAUAAGUAAUAUCGAAAGAAAAUGAAUAGUUUCUCCAUUAUAGUCGAUGGGGAAGUGACAUGAUGCGAUGCGCCUGAACGCCAUGUUGGUUGCUGCUGCAAUUUCUGGCUCCUCCUCCAGUUCCUGUAUUCGCUCUAUGUACAAAAACAAACUCAUUAGGAUUGACGCUCGUCAGGCUUGUGCGCUAGUGAGGUAAUGCACACAAGACUUUGUUUUCUUCCGUGACCUGCUCGUCUAUGGAGCCAUUAAAGUUGCCUGAAAUUGGACAUAGGAGCUUUGCAAUUGGCUGAAUGGGGCGAUGAACGUUAUCCAUGUGACCUACCAUUAACGAGGUAUCAGUGGCUGUUGUUAUGUGGUUCCAUUAGCCAGCUGAGCAAAAGCCUUUUUUUAGUUUUAUAGGUGGCAUAACUCUAGCGUUUCGGAUUGCUGGCAGGGUAGCACGCAAACUUUGGCAUGUUACAGCUGGCUAUAUUGUUUGAAACCACAAACCUGGCAGUAAAAGUGAAAUCCCGGAGUGUCAGCUUUGCCAGCGAGGCAGUGGGAUAACCGUAGUCGGCUAGCUAGCUCUGUUUUUUAUCUAGCUAACGUGUCUUUAGCUAAAGUUAGGGGGUUAUAGAACAACCUAAGUUCUAGCGCCAAGAACGACGCUUCCAGUUUGUUUACUCUAUCGUCGGAGUCGAUCGUGUUGUGCAAUGGUGAUCGUGUCCUCCUUGGUCCGUCUGUGCGCUAAGGAAGUCGUGAGUGACCACAGCUCGUCUGCGCGUUGGCUUGGCUGCGUACCGAGGGAGCUGUAUCAGCCUCUUCUGGAGGCUGCCGUCGCUCACUGUCGUCCGCUGGCCAUCGGCGAGCUGGUACAGCGCUGGCCAGAGAGGACUCUCAGGCUGGGAGGCCGGAGGAGGCCGGGGCAUAACCCGCCCAGCCGGCUCUGUGUACAGGCUCUGCUGUUGGCUGUGGUCCGAGGACUGGGGGACAAAAGGUGCGCUCUGCAGGUGCUGGACCUGUGCGGGCUGCAGUGUGAGGACGGGGGUGUGGGGGACUCCAUGGGGGGCUGGUCGCUCACCGUGUCCCUCUGCUCCACCGUGCUGCAGGCCAAGGGCCGGGCCCCCGGGGGCCCCCGACGGGAGCGGGAGAGGGAGAGGAAGCGGGGGCUGGAGACGGAGGCGGAGAGGGACGCCGCGGCGAAAAGAGAGAGGGGACUCCCCGGGACGGAUUUCGGGAGGGCGUCGGCGGAGGGGGGCGGGGACCGGGUGCAGGGGGUCCGGAGGACGAUGGAGGAGGGGAGGGUGAGGGACGACGCGGGCGCGGACAGACGGCCGGGGAGGGGCGGGGGCGGGGGCGGGGGCGGCGGGGAGGACGAGCGCGAGGUGCAGGUGUGGGCCGACCUGUUCGUGAACGCCCGCUCCUGGGAGCGCGUCCGCGUGGCCCUCACCGCGGGCGGGCCCCUCCGCCUGCACUGCCGCCACCUGCGCGUGGAGGAGAUCCCCGCCGCCAACAUCGCCGCCCUGCUGGCCCUCCUGCCGCGGCGCGGCCUGCUGGGCCUGGACGUGCGCUACAGCAGCCUGGGCGUGGCCGGCCUGGCGCUCCUGCUGCCCGCCCUGGAGCCCUUCCCCGACCUGCGCUCCCUGCGCCUGCACUACUGCAACCUGGACAUGCGCAGGGACCUGCCCGGCCAGGAGGGGGCGCUGCGGGAGAUGGCGCAGGGGCUCGGCGGGCUCGCACAGCUGCGCAGACUCAGCCUGACUGCGCUCCGGCUGCCGGGACAUCUGCGCAUGCUGCUCAGUUCCCUCUCCCGGCCACUGGAGGUGCUGGAGCUGCCCUACCUGAGCCUGAGCGCGGCCGACCUGUCCUACCUGUCCUGCAGCCCGCACGCGUCCUCGCUGCGGUGCCUGGACCUGAGUGAGAACAGGCUGGACGAGGCGGCGCUGCCCUCCCUGCGCCGCCUGCUCCACCAGGCCCGCCCGUGCCUCUCCGAGCUCUCGCUCAGCGGCUGCGGCCUCUCCGACGGCCUGCUGGGGGCGCUGCUGCCCUCCCUGGGGCUCUGCCGGGCCCUGCGCAGCCUGAGGCUGGCCCUGAACCCGCUGUCCCGGGACGGGGUGCUGGCGCUGGUCCGGGCGGCCGCCGGCAUCCCCUCCCUCCGCCUGCUGCUGUACCCGAACCCCCUGGAGGAGUACCAGCCGGGCCUGCCGCCGCUCCCCUCCAGCGCCCAGCUGCUGGACUGGCCCCUGGUGGAGGAGAUGGAGGUGAGGGAGGCGGUGCAGCUGGAGCUGGAGAAGGCGCUGGCGGAGAGCGGGCGCUGCGACCUCCUCCUGACCUCCGACCUCCUCAGCUACAGCACCGACCUGAUGGACGAGGACUAGCGUGCCCCUGCGAAGGGGGGGUCUGGUGACUCUCACAGACAGGAAAGCUAGGAGAGUCAGUUCUGGCCUUCUUUUACAGCAGUUUACCUCUCCUUUUAGCCAUUUUGGGAGGUGUGGGUGGAGGUGGGGAUGGUGGUCGGGGUCGGGGUGGGGGUGUGGGUUAAAUAGCUGUAAUGACUAAAACAGUGGUUCCCGACCCAAGUUCCUGGAGAUCUGCUGUCCUGUAGGUUUUCAUUUCAACUCCUGGCAGACGGAGUGGAAUUAUACCUCACCACUCUCUUCUGUUGGCCAUGACCUUUGACCUGUCUACUUUAAUGAGACCACAUUCACAUUCAGUGUUAAAAAACCUGGCACACCUGAUUCUACCGACUAGCAGCUCAGUGAGAUCUCUAGCUGUUGAAUGAGGCGUGCUUCGUAAGAGUUGGAGUGAAAACCUACCGGACGGUAGAUCUCCAGGAACAGGGUUGAGAAGCACUGGACUACAAACUCAGGCUGCCAGUGCAGUGGCAAGCCAGUGAAACAUUUUUGGUGAAAAAGUCCACAAAUCCCAGGCUGUGCCUCGUCCCUCAAGGAAGGGCGUCUCUCUAGAUGUCUUAACUGACUUUCAUACCGUAGCUUGUUCCUGGCGACGAAAUUCUCACGGGGGGAGAACCUCAAAUCACACGUGCUUGACAAUCUUCCCUGUGAAGUGAGAAUAAUCCGACCUCCAGGGAAAUGUAGUCAUUUCAGAGUAACAGCUUUAUUGAGCUCGUGUCACACAAAGAUCAGCCGUUUGGUUACACGGAGAAAGAGGGGAAAGUAAAGUCUUAAGUGACGUUUGCCACAGCCUGCUGUUGCACUUGUGUUGUGUAUUAACUGAAGUGAACUCCGGAGGGGUUUUAAAGGGGGGGGAGGGGGCAAUUUCGGACAGCCAGCGGGUCAGAUGGUCGUCCCCGGCGACACGCAGCAGCUGCAGUGUCCUGUGCAGAGCACGUGAAUGGACGGACGGACGGACGGACGGGCGAUCACAAGGGGGGCAUAUAUCACAUCGGUUUUGGCAGCCGCUGAAAGGUGAAGGUCAGGGUGCAAGUGAAGACACUUUCACCCGCCAAAGAGGUUUAAAAAAACAAAAAAAAAUACACAACUGAAACUUGGCCUUAAUAGGAUUAUUAUUAUUAUUAUUAUUUUGCACAUGCUGUGAAUGGGCUCAUUUAUCUAAGAUAUAAAUGGAAAAAUUCUUGCCUUGACAGCAGUGUACCUCAGUGUUUAUACGUCUGCCUGCGCUUGCUUCCACAGCCAAAUUUCCAGCGAAUCAGAAUUGACAUCAAUGGUCACGUGACGGUCACAUGAUUACAGCAGCCAAUACUGUGAAUCUGAAGUGCGGACCAAAGCAGAACUUUUGCUUAUUGAUGGCUGUGGGGGAAAAAAGGUGCAUCUUUGGCGGGGUUGUGAUUUUUGGCUUGUACUCAAACAAGCUCUCGCAUAAUUAUUUUUACAUAUUAAAAGUAAAACUGUUCAGAAUUACAUACUCCUGAUGAGUAAUAAUCUGUUGUAAUUGUUUAUCUAUAAAUAAAUUAUAUUUUCCUGUAA